CGGACACGACGACACCAACAUUCAGCUCAUUAUGCAGGAACCUCCCGACGCCCCCUCGGAACUGAAAAUACUAGAACACGACGGAAGAUCUGCCCGAACAUCAUGGUCUUCCCCAUACAGUGGCAACAGUCCUAUUAUCCAUUACAUGGUUCAGUAUAAACUGGACACCGAUAAAUGGACGGCUCGUACGCCUAACGUCACGGUAUCGGCAUCUGAGACAUCAGUUCUUGUGGGAGGGCUGCGACCCGUCACCACAUACCAGAUCAGAGUGUUUGCCAUUAAUGGUCUCGGGAAGAGUGAGUCCAGUCAAGUGAUAGUACUUAAGACAAUUGAGGAGACGCCGGGCGGUCCGCCAUUACAUAUCAAAGCCGUUCCCUUGAGCUCCAAGUCGAUUAAGGUGAGUUGGAAGCCUCCCCGUAAAGACCUGCAGUACGGAGUAAUCCUUGGAUAUUAUGUCGGAUACAAAGUGUCUGAAUCAGCGAAUUUGGAUCAAAUGAACAAAGAUUUCGUGUAUAAGACACUCGAAGUCAAGAAUGAGGCGAUUCUGGAGGAAUGCACUGUAAAUGAAUUGACGCGUUCAACGAAAUAUCAAAUUAUAGUCCAGGCCUACAAUAGCAAAGGCGCCGGACCAUCAUCUGAACCCACUUUUGUCAAGACUUUAGAAAUGGAUCCGCCGUCCACUCCAACCCUGCGCGUCGUGAGCGGCACAUCCAACUCAAUACAGCUCUCAUGGCUAAUGAAUUCCGAUGACUCCACUCCUGCCACCGGAUUUAUUCUCCAUCACAAGAAGGAAUCUGCAGAUUGGGAUGAAUUGAGAUUAACUGACACUAAAUCUUAUGCUCACCAAUGGCUCAAAUGUGGCACUCGGUAUCAGUACUACAUAAUUGCUUUCAAUUCUGUCGGCAAAAGCGAUGCCUCCAGUAUUGUGUCCGCAAAAACAGACGGCGCCUCUCCUGUUGCACCCGAUAAGCACUCCCUCCUCAGCGUCAACACAACCACUGCCACCAUAUUCUUGGAUGCCUUCCACGACGGCGGUUGUCCCGUGAAUAUGUUUGAAGUGAUGUACAAACUAGCGAAGAGUCGUAAAUGGAUAUCCCUAUCGAACCGGGCGUUUACAGACCAGAAGCAGAUUGUUUUAAGUGAUUUAAUGCCUUCGACUUCAUAUGAUAUUAAGAUAACGGCAUUCAAUGAGGCGGGAAGUACUGAAGCCCAGUACUCGUUCACCACUACAUCCCUCGCUCUGCAAGAUGAUGAGCCGGGAGUACUGUCGAGCAGCAAAUCCGCACCGUCUGUGCCCUUCUAUGCGGAUGUUCUGCCAAGACAUGGAUCCAAUGUUUAUUCCAAUUAUAGCCCAAACAAAGUGUCACAACAGGACUGCACAGAAACCGUUAAUUUAACAGAAUUGGAUGUGAAUGGGAGUCACGUGAAGAAGAUGUCGAUGCCUUCCGAGGACCAGUGCACCCAAAGUAUGGCUCACUUCCCGACGCCGUACGCCAUGACCAAAGUGGGCGACACCGAAGAGCGGGUCCCUCUCAACGCUAUGUCACGACAGUCUCCCCUCAAAUCCUAUAACGCAGACCACGAGGCCAUAUACGCCACCGUUAAGCGCACUCCCCGUCAGCCCCGCUCUGACGUUCAUAUAUAUCAAUAUCCGACUAACGUACAGCCGGACAGUGGCUGCGAGUCGUCGGAGGCGUCGAAUAUGGCUCAUCACUGGCGGACAUCUGUGGUUAGGUUUGAUAGCGAACCCCAAUCCGUCAAACUGUUUGCCUGUGAUCCUCAAAGUGGUCUCAUAUAUGGCAGAAAUCAGUCGAGAUCUAGUCAUCACUACAAGUGAUAUACCAAAAACCUCUUAUACUUAUUUUCAUGUCAUAUAACAAACCAAACAAAUAAACUCAACGAUUAUUGAAAUGAUUUCUAAUUUCAAUUCAGGAUCUCUUCAUUUGUAAGUCAUUUCUAGUUAUAAUAUGGACCACAAAUGCCUCAAAAAAUCGAU